AUGCCACGCUCGGACCAUUCUUCAGACUCCUCAUCAAAUGCGUCAUAUGAUUCUGAUGAAGAGUAUCGCUUGGCCCAGAAAGAGUGGAACGAGAGUUUAGAAGAACUUCAGCAGCUUGCGCUCGUCUUACUACUGCCAUGGGUGGGCAAGUACUUUGGCAGGAGAUGUAGUUAUUGGCUGUACGAUCGUUACAUUCGUGUCGGUCUCGGCAAGUCAUUUUUCAUGGGCGAGAAGCCUUUGGCAUGGUCAUUCUUCUCGCGAUGA